UCAGUGGCGGUAAAAUUCGGGGACAAUGAGCCGUUUGAACUCAAAACUGGUCAUAUCGCUAGAUUCGCGUCUGGCGCCGUUGUUGCUUCUCAGGGGGAUAAUGCGGUGCUAUCUACUUGUGUUUUUGGUUCUCCGAAACCAGGUCCUAAUCAGGGAGCUCCACUAACAGUAGAAUAUAAGCAGAGUGCUUCUGCAGUAGGCAAAAUCCCAUCAAAUUACUUGCGAAGAGAGCUUUCACAAUCGGAUGAUGAUAUCAUCAACUCUCGGUUGAUCGACAGAUCUCUUCGUCCUCUGAUACCUAAAACUUGGAAUUGUGAUACUCAAAUAAUAGUUAAACCUUUAUCGUUGGACGAAAAGGGAGACGGAGUUAUACUAGGACUCAACAGUGCUGCGGCAGCAUUGACCCUCUCCGAAGUUCCCUUUGAUGGCCCUAUAGCUGCUGUUAGAUUAGCAUAUCAUGACAAAAAAGUGAUAAUCAAUCCUACCGGUGCCGCCCGUAGAGAAUCUUUGCUCAAUGUGAUAUUAGCAGGGUGUUCAGAGAAUAGGACAGUGAUGAUUGAAAUGGAUGGAAAAGAAAUAACCCUUAGUGAACUUGAAGAAGUAUUCGAUCAUGGUAUGAUAGCUAUUGGGGAGCUCUUGGAUUCCAUGAAUAAACUUCAAAGAGAAUGCGGGAAGCCAAAAGCAGAAUUAUCAGAUGACUUUGAUCCUAUUCUUCUCAGGCGGAUUCAGGAAGAAGUAGAUGAGCGACUGUACUAUAUUCUAACUGACGUAACACACGAUAAAAUCUCACGUGACAAGGCGAUUCAAGAAGUUGGCUUGGAUAUUUUGCACAAUUAUGAAAACAAAGCUGAAGCGGGAGCCAUAUUCUCUGAAGUUACCAAGAAGAAGCUCAGAAGUCUGAUCCUCGAGAAUGAAAUGAGAUGUGAUGGACGGAAGCUGAAAGACUUCCGUCCAAUCACAAUACAGGUUGAUGUAUUCAAAGAGCUUCAUGGAUCAACCAUGUUUCAAAGAGGUCAAACACAGGUUCUCUCGACAGUUACAUUCGAUAGCGCGAGCGCAGCAUUUCACCCAGAUUCGAUCUCGCAGAUGCUUGGAGCUCAAAGAAAAAAGAUGUUUAUGCUUCAUUACGAAUUUCCGGGUUUCGCCGUCAAUUCCAUUUCAACAAGCAGAGGUUCUAACAGACGUGAAAUCGGACAUGGUGCUCUCGCAGAGAAAGCGUUGAAACAUCUUAUCCCAAAUCAGUUUCCAUACAGUAUUCGUUUAGCUACUCAGGUUCUCGAAUCGAAUGGUUCUUCGUCUAUGGCGACUGUGUGUUCAGGUAGUUUGGCUAUGUUCGAUGCAGGAGUUCCAUUGUUGUCUCCUGCUGCUGGUGUAGCCAUAGG